AUGAAAGAACAUCCCGAUUACAAAUACCGACCGCGGAGGAAACCGAAGACACUGGUGAAGAAGGAACCGAAAUUCGGGUUCGGCAUCAGCGGUCUAAUGGCGCCCGUACCGCGGCUUAUCACGCCGUCCCUGCAACAUCCGAUGCCACAGAUACCAGUUCCACACCACCUUCUGCCCGAGAAACCUGAUCUUGGGAGGGCACUAUUUCCACCGCUACCGUACCCUUUCUACCCGUUCGCAAAGCUACCUUCCGAUGAUGGGAAGUUAGCAGCGGAGCUGGCACAUUUGCAGGCACUAUAUGGCGGUGCAUUAUACAGCAGCGCGUUUUACAGCAACGCCCUCUCACCUUGCGGAUGUCCUCCAAGAAGGUCUCCGUCACCUCCUACAACUGACGUGAAACGACCUUUGGCGUACGUCCUUAUGAAGAGCGAUGAAGAACCGCCCCAGCAUGUUAUAUGA